UCGAGAAGCUGACGGGGAGCAGGAGAGGGAGGAGUGGGUUUGUGGGUGAGAGAGGAAACGGAGCGGGAGAAAGUCAGCGAAGCUAUUCCUGCAGCAGAGAGGUGGAGAUCCAGAGAUGCAGGCGCGCCCUUGGGAGAGGGAGGAGUGGGGUAUGGCUAGCGAGUCGGGUACGACAGUUGCGAAGCGGCAAGAGGAGGAGGAGAAUGUGGAGGAGGAGGAGAAGGAGGAGGAGGAGGAGGAGGAGGAGGGGGAGUUAGGUUCAAGCAUGUUGGUUAAUCAUUAUGAUGACGAGCAAGAAGUCGAGAUGCAGGACGCGAAUCUGUGGGUUGAAAGAAGUUUCUUGGCCCCGGACUGCUUCCGGACCGGCGAUCUUUUGAUUGAUUACCUGGAUCGAUUCGACACUGAUUCAAGAUCGGGAUCGGGAUCGCGGUGCGAGUACGGCUGGAACGAACCAUUUGUCGAGGCUUAUGCCAAAGGUCGUGGAAUCUACGACGCAUGUCGGGAUCGGGAUCGGGAUCGGGAUCGGAGUGCGAGUACGUCUGCUUGUCAUGGAAAGGAGGGAAACGAGGUUUCGUUGUCAGUGGCCGCAUCAUCUUCCCGCCGUUCCCUGGACAAGUCUAUCUUCCAACCUCAUGGGGAGAGGCUCAGUGCGAGCCCCGUUGGCAUCCAGUCUUCGUUGCACGGCUGGCUCCCGCCAGCUGCUAUCGGCCCCGAGGAGAUAGUACCUGCGAGAGGGAGGUGGACUUGGUCCAGCCAAUCACCAUCACCAUCACCAUCCCCAUCCCCAUCCCCAUCCCCAUCACCAUCACCAUCACCACUAGCAACACCAGCGCAAUCUCGAUCUCCAUCUCGCCUAAGAACGACUCCACUCCCGGAGAACCGCAUGGAACAUGUGUUCAACUCGAACACUACGCGUGGUCAAAUUGACGAUGGCAGCGAUCCAAUCCUAGAUGACUUUGGCGCGGAGGAUCAAGGCGAAGCGGAGAGGGGGCGAGAGGACGUGGUAAUACCUGCAGAGCGGGAGGAGGUGGUAUAUAGAAGGGUACGUGGGCCGGGCAUCCUCUGUGAGCAAGUUUGGUCUUGUAGAGCCGGCGAGCACGUGACGUCCUGGGAAGCGCUGGAGGAGGAAGAAAUGGGGAACGAUGUAAUCAGUGAGGAGGAGGAAGAGAGAGCGAUCUCCAUAACCGACGUACCAGUGCAGCUGAACGUUGACCGAGGAACCCUGAUGAGGGAGGAAGAAGCAGAAGGAGACACCAUACAAGAAGAAGAAGAAGAAGAAGAAGAAGAAGAAGAAGACGAGGUUGUGGCGUGGGGCGGUGUUGAGAAAGAUGCCUACCUUGAUGACGUGCGAGUGGAUUAUGAUAAACUGGGGGGGGGGGGGGGGGGGGGGGGGGGGGUUCUGGAAAUCUCCGGAGGCGAACGAAAGCAAGGCCGCUUGGGGAGGAGGAGGAGGAAGAGGAGGAGACGAGGAAAGUGGGCCCUGGAAAAUCACACGGAAGGCCAAAGUGCAGUUACUCGAGCUUCCAAAAUCCCCAGGGCGGCGGGACCAAAUGCGGCGGUGGGACCAAAUGCGGCGGCGGGACCAAAUGUGGUGGGAUUGCUGUCAGUAGGGGACCACGUUUUAGAGAGUGGCUAUGGGGGACGAAGGUGUUCUUGGGGGGAGAGAGCACGGAGAGGAAGGGUGCUGAUGGCCGAGAAAGGUGGCGGCUCUGCUGGGGGUAUAGGGGUAGAGAAAGCUGAAGUUGUUUCUGGAAGAGUUGUGAGAAAGGGGGGGCAAGAGAGGAGUGCCAGCGGAAGGAGAAGGGGUGGUUGGAGUGGGAGCGGCGGUACCAGUGAUCAAGGGAGGACGAGGAAAUGCCCUUUCUAUAAAUGGAUACCUGGAACACAAUUCACUGUUGAUGCUUUUCGGUACGGAGCGGUUGCUGGCUGCUCGACCUACUUCUUGACACACUUUCAUGCCGAUCAUUAUGGAGGUUUGACAAAGAGUUGGGCUCAUGGACCAAUCGUCUGCUCGCCUGCAACUGCCAACCUUGUCGAACUGCGCUUGCGAGUGGACAGUAGGUGGAUCACCCGUCUUAGGGUUGGACAGACGCAACUGGUUGAUGGAGUGCAAGUCACCUUUCUCGAUGCUAAUCAUUGUCCUGGCGCCGUCAUGAUUGUCUUCAAGCUGCCAAACGAUCAGAUGUAUCUGCACACAGGGGACUUCCGAGCGUCCCAUCCCAUGAGGCAGCGAAUUGCUAUGCUAUGGGGUCCGCGGCAGCGGAUUCAUACGGUCUUCCUUGACACUACCUACUGCAAUCCAAAGUACAGUUUCCCGUCGCAGGAAGAUGUCAUUAAGUUUGUGGUGGACGUUGUUCGACAAGCCAUGCAACAGAACAGGAAGACAUUGGUUGUGGUGGGGGCCUACAGUAUAGGCAAAGAGCGUGUUUUCUUGGCCAUAGCCGAGGCCUUGGGGCUUUUGGUCUACGCAGACAGACUUCGGGAACGAACACUAAGGUCGCUUGAGUGGCCUGAGCUGGAGCGGCACUUGAUUGGAGACCCAUACCGUGCAGGGGUGCAUGUCUUACCCAUGGGGUAUAUAAAUGCAGGACGCUUGAAGACAUAUCUUGGUCAAUACUUGUCCAAGUGGAACUCGAUUCUUGCUUUUCGGCCCACAGGGUGGACCCAUUCGGAAAAGAUAGGUGCACGACUAUCAGAAGUAAGGUCCAAGCAGUCGGGCCCAGUGAAAAUUUAUGGGGUUCCUUACAGUGAGCACUCGAGUUAUGUGGAACUCCGGGACUUCAUACAGUUUCUGAGGCCACAAAGGAUUGUCCCAACGGUGAAUGUGGGAACGGCUGAAGGGAGGAGGAACAUGGAGGUGCAAUUUUGCCGGUGGCUUGCAGCAUCCUGACAGGACAGUCUUGACAUGUUCUAACGGAAGAUUCACUCUCGUUUUGCACGCAGCUCCACCACUCUGGAAGUGUGCAAAACGAGAGUGAAUCUUCCGUUAGAACAUGGAAAGAUACAUCGCCAUGAUUAUUGUCUUUUGUUCCACUACUCUCGACAUGCACAAAAGGGUAUCUUUCCAUGUUCUAACGGAAAAGAUUCACUCUCGUUUAACACACUUCCAGAGUGGUGGAGCGGCGCGGCACUCUCUCUCUCUCUCUCUCUCUCUCUCUCUCUCUCUCUCUCUCUCUCUCUCUCUCUCUCCUACGGCGCGCCCAUGACAUAG